AUGCUCUGGAUACUGUUUGAAUGUCUAUUUUAUAUUCAAUUUCGAUAUAGCAAGAAUAAGCUACAAAGGGUCAAUAAACCAGCGACAUUACUGACAAAACAAGAACGCAUGACUCUAUUUCAUGACUGCCUAUCCUCCGUCAAGAAUAUCAAAACAUGGGCAGAGGGUUGGUUCUAUUGUAAGGAUUAUACACAUCCAUCCUUUCAAGAAAUCAAGCGAGACAAUAUUGCGCUAUGGCUUGCAUGGGCAUUUUGGCAUGACGAAUUACACAUUGUACGCCAAAACAAAGACAUUGACAAUGAAAUUGAUUGGAUGAUCAGAACAAUUGAAGAUUAUUUCCAUAUCAAGGUUCAAGAAGGGUACAACCCAGAUCUAUGCUGUGUUCGACUUGACCUUGACCCUGUUCAGACCAUCCAUCGUCCGCUGAUUGUCUAUUUGGCUAUUUACAUCUGCACGUAUUUCUUCAACCUCAUCUUCUUACAGACUCUCUGGGGAUUCACACUGACGACAGAUCAAAACAUGUGGGGAGGUGCGUUUGCCCUCUUGGACGGCGCCUGGAACCACACAGAGAAACGGUCGAAACAUAUCAGCUACUGGUCUCGUCUGAGAAAGAAUGACAAGGUGCCUAUCGUAUUCAUUCAUGGCCUUGGCGCUGGCCUGAUGUGUUAUGUCGAGUUUCUGCAUCAACUGCUUCUGGCUGAGGACAGAUCCGUCUUUUUGAUCGAACUGCCUUACGUGGCUAUGCGCUUAGUUGACCAUGUACCCAAUGCAGUCGAGGCAGUCGAAGGUAUCAAGGAGAUGCUGCAUUCAUCUGGGUAUCAUCAGGCCGUCUUUGUAUCUCAUUCUAUGGGCACAGGGAUCUCAAGUUGGGUAUCAAAGUAUGCGAGUGAUCUGAUCGCUGGAUCAGUCAUGAUUGAUCCUAUUUGCUUUUUACUUCAUCAUCAUCAUGUCGCGUUCAAUUUCAUGCAUAAAUUACCUCAGGGAUGGAUGGAUCCAGAGAACUCUACAUCAGCCACUUCAUCUCUCGCCAUAUUAAAUGGUACGAGAUGA